AUGCACCCUCGCCACACCCUGGCCCUUGCCCUCACGCUGGCCUGUGCCGCGGCCCUCGUGCCGCCGGCGCGCGCCGCGAGCGUGUCCAUCGUCAACCCCAGCUUCGAGGACGACGUGCUCCCCGAAGGCGCCAACGCCAACAACGUGGUGACGGGCUGGUCCACCGAUCUCAACGACGCCUGCAAGCCGGAAUGCUUCGGCGCCUACAACCCCCAGGUGGGCAGCGCCGCGGUGCCAUCGGGCACGGUGCCGGACGGCAACAACGCGUUCUACAUGGUGUCGACCAACGCGGCCUACCCCGUCUUCCAGGUCCUGACGGGCACGGUACUGCAGGCCAACACGCACUACACGCUGACGGUGGCCGUCGGCAACCCGGCCGAGCGGGCCGACAACGGCAGCUUCGGCUUCCGGCUCGGCGUGGUGGGCUCGUCGCUCGCCGUGGGCGCCUACAACGACACGCUCGACCAUGUGCCGAACGGCGGCUUCAUCGACCUGAGCUUCAGCGUGCUGACGGGCAGCGCCCCUGCAGACAUCGGCAAGACGCUGGUCGUCGCGCUGUACGGCCCGCUGGAUGCCGGCCCCGGCAAGCCCUAUGUGCUGUUCGACAACGCCGAGGCGCUGUUCGGCUUCCGCCCGUGGCGGCACUACGACCUGCUGAUUGCCGACGGCAAGGGCUUCGGCCACCACUUCGCGCUGGAGCAUCACGAGUCCAGCGAGAACCCCUACGGCGGCGACUACUUCGACGACUGGGCCACCGCCAGCCGCGGGCGGGACGACGUGGCCCACGAAUGGGUGCACUCGUGGAACGGCAAGUACCGCCGCCCGCACGGCCUGGCGCAGCCCGAGCUGAACACGCAGACGCGCAACGAACUGCUGUGGGUCUACGAGGGCCUGACGCAGUACUGGGGCGAGGUGCUGGCCGUGCGCGCCGGCCUCGUCACGCCCGAACAGAUGCGCCAGCAGAUGGCCUACGCCGGCGCCCGCACGGCCAACCUGCCCGGCCGCCAGUGGCGCGACCUGCAGGACACGACGAACACGCCGGCACUGAACUCGCUGGGCGGGCAGAAAUGGUGGGACUGGACGCGCAGCUUCGACUACUACUCGGACUCGGCGCUGCUGAUCUGGCUGGACGCCGACACGCUGAUUCGCGAACGCAGCGGCGGGCAGCGCUCGCUGGACGACUUCGCGCGGCGCUUCAUCACCGGCCAGUCCGGCAACAAGACGCCCAGCCUCUACGGCUUCGACGACGUGGUGGCGGCGCUGAACGCCGUCGAGCCGCUGGACUGGCGCGCCUUCCUGCGCGCGCGGCUCGACCACCGCGAAGCCCGCACGACGCUGGAAGGCCUGGCGCGCAGCGGCUGGGAGGUCGGCUUCGCCGAGCAGCGCACGCCGCUGCAGCUGGCAUCGCUGAACCCCAAGAAGCCCAUCUUCUCGAUGCGCUACUCGGCCGGCAUGAACCUCGACGCCGAGGGCAACGUCGUCUACGUCCUCUGGGGCACGCCCGCCUUCCAGGCCGGCCUGGCACCCGACGACAAGCUGGUCGCCGUGCAGGGCCGCGCCUUCACGCCCGAACGCGCCGAGGCUGCGCUGAAGGCCAACCGCAACGGCGCCCAGCCCCUGGCGCUGCUGAUCCAGCGCGACGACGAGUUCCGCACCGUCACGCUGGACGUGCGCACCGGCCCGCGCU